CAGAAUUCGCGUUCUCUAAUCUGUGGUUAGAUUUUGGUACAUUUCUUUAUUGUGUUAUAUCUAUCCACGUUUUAUUUAAUUCUACAAAAAGAAACAAUAUAAAAUGCCUACACCAGAUAAAAUUUUGAUGAGGAAGAUUAAAAAAAGGGAGAAAAAGAAAGCUAAACUUACGAGUCUAAAAUCGAAUUCAGCACCCGACAACAUCGCAGAACCCGAUCCAGCCGAUGUUAAAAAACGUCCACAUGAGAAUAAUGAACAUAAUGAAAAAACUGUUCCUAAAAAGAAACGAAAAAAAGAGAAAAUUCAAAUCGAAGAAGAACCAGUGCAACAGAAGAAUGAUAAUUCAGAUGGCAGUAAUGAACAGGAUGGUUCUGAUAGUGAAAUAGAAAUCAAACCUGACACUGAAGACAGUCAAUUACCUGGAUCCAGUUUAUGUCUUGGUAUACUAUCAGAUCAGAAAUUUUCAUCUUUAGAGAGCAAAGUUUGUGAAGCUACACUCAUGGGUAUAAAAGAUAUGGGAUUUACUACCAUGACAGAAAUUCAAGCAAAAGCAAUCCCACCAUUACUGGAGGGAAGAGAUUUAGUUGGAGCAGCAAGAACAGGAUCAGGAAAAACACUAGCCUUCCUCAUACCUGCUAUUGAUCUAAUUUAUAAACUGAAGUUUAAGCCUAGAAAUGGUACGGGCGUGAUUAUAUUGUCUCCUACAAGAGAAUUAUCCAUGCAGACAUUUGGAGUGUUGAUGGAAUUAAUGAAAUACCACCAUCAUACUUAUGGAUUAGUAAUGGGUGGCGCUAAUAGGAGUACAGAAGCUCAAAAGUUAUCUAAAGGAAUCAACAUUUUAGUAGCAACUCCGGGUCGACUUCUGGAUCAUUUGCAAAACACACCAGAUUUUCUAUACAAAAACCUUCAAUGCCUUGUCAUCGAUGAAGCAGACAGAAUACUGGAGAUUGGUUUUGAAGAAGAAGUUAAACAAAUCAUUAAGUUAUUGCCAAAACGGCGCCAAACAAUGUUGUUCAGUGCAACACAAACCAAGAAGACAGAAGCGCUGACUGCACUUGCUGUAAAACAUGAACCUGUUUAUGUAGGAGUUGAUGACCACAGGGAACAAGCUACUGUUGAUUCAUUGGAACAAGGGUACAUUGUCUGCCCAUCUGAAAAACGUAUGAUGGUUCUCUUCACAUUCCUAAAGAAGAAUAGAAAGAAAAAGGUCAUGGUGUUUCUCUCGACCUGCAUGUCGGUUAAAUACCACCAUGAAUUAUUCAACUAUAUUGAUUUACCUGUCAUGUCUAUACAUGGUAAACAACAACAGACAAAGCGCACCACAACAUUCUUUCAAUUCUGCAAUGCAGAAUCUGGCAUUCUACUAUGCACCGAUGUAGCCGCUCGAGGGCUAGACAUCCCUGCCGUCGACUGGAUUGUACAAUAUGAUCCACCAGAUGAUCCAAAGGAAUACAUCCAUAGAGUAGGAAGAACAGCGAGAGGGCUCGGAACGAGUGGUCAUGCUCUAUUAUUUUUACGUCCUGAAGAACUAGGCUUUCUACGAUUUUUGAAACAAUCAAAAGUUACCCUUAAUGAAUUUGAAUUCUCUUGGAACAAAGUGGCUGAUAUACAAUUGCAGCUGGAGAAAUUAAUAUCAAGGAACUACUUCCUCAAUCAGUCUGCUAAGGAAGCAUUCAAGAGUUAUUUAAGAGCUUACGACUCGCACCACCUUAAGACAAUAUUUGAUAUCGAUACAAUUGAUUUGGCUAAAGUUGCAAAAUCAUUCGGUUUCACAGUACCUCCAGCUGUAGAACUGAAAGUAACCAAUAAGGGGCCACCAUCCAAGAGGAAAGGAGGAGGCGGUUACGGAUACUUCAAAACUCUUAACGCCCCCAACAAUCAUAAAAAAACGGAAAAAACAAAAAUCUACAGGCAAAAGGGUGGGAACAAACGUUCUAUAAGUUAAAUUAUAUUAUUCAAUAAAACACUUGUUUAAAUAAUAUAUAUAAAUGGUUUGUUUUAAUAAUAUAAAAAUCUUGUAAUUUUUCUAUCGUAUUAUAAAAGAAUAUACUAUGAAUUCAUAUAACAAUACAAUUGUUGAAUAUCACAUUGUCUAUGAAUAGAUAGUAUAGAAGAGGUACAGGAAUGACCUAGGCAGAAAAAGGUUAACACGAUUUUCCUUACAGACAUAAAAAAUCAAUACUUUCUGUGCUUACUAACGAACGAACUUAUAUCACGUGAUACUGUACACACAGACACUAAAGCUCAGUUAAAUUACAUAAUAAUAAUAAUAUUGUGUAUUAAGUUUUAUACUUAAUACACAAUAAAAGCACUAAAGUAUAAAAAAUGCUCUAUCAUAUUCUUGUCACUCUAUCUAAAACUGGUGUAUGAAUAGCAAAAGUCGAUUUUAACAAUGUUAAAAAUAAGAAUAAAAUCAUAGAUUAAAAUUAGUACCUGCCGUCUCAAUUCUACAGAAUAAGAUGCACCAAGUCUGCACCUUACACAAUAGUAUAAUUUUUAAGCAAUGUGAUUGGUAAGUUUAUUAUUGGAUAUGUGACAUACGCCCUCCAACCUCCGUAAAUGUAAACAUAAUAACAGUAAUUCAAGAACUGAUAAGUAAAUUAGCAUUGCAUAACAGGUACUCUACUUUUUUUAAGUCAUAGAUAUUACUAAUAACUUUAGAUAAACUUGUGAAUUUUUAGGCACUACUUGGAACACGGUAUCUUAGUAAGAGUAGACAUUUUAGUGUCAAUAAAAAGCAUUCAACAUUGUUAUUUUCAUUACUUGAUUUAUUUUUGGGUGAUAAUUACAGAUAUAAAUAGAUAUCACAAAUUAACACUGCGUAUAAAUGACAUUGAAUUAGAUUCUUAUUGGCGCUGGUAACAUUUUGGUUCGGAGUUUCUAAAUAAAAUUUAUAUAAAUAUAAGAAUUGAUGAAGACAGAUCAUUAGAGAUAUUAAUAGGUAUUUUCCGAUAUAAUAAAUAACUUGUGAUAUCAAAGCGUCUAGUAUAGUAGUGACAGUUUUCAUGUGACAGAUACUUGUUAUUGUGAAGAAAUGCCAUGUUUUGGAUGGCCAAUUUUACUAUCGUCAUCAUCAUUAUUAUAAACUAUCCAAUGUCCACUACUGAUGAUCUCCCUCAUAUUACGCCACAAAGUGCGAUCCUGCGCAACUUACAUCCAACGACUCUUGAUAUCGUCAUUCCAUUUCACAGACGGUCGCCCCACACUACACUUGCCUACAUUUUUAUUAUA